CUGUGGAGCUGCGGAGCGGACACGCACUGACACACGCACACCGGCCACCUGACAGACAUGGACACCUGGACAGUUAUCAUCCUGCUUCACUACUUGCUGUUUGCAUCUUGGGUCCGAUCGGCUCCGGUCGGCUCGGCGUCCAGCCUGCCGCCUGCGUUCAGAGAAACGGCCCUGGAGGCCAAGACGCUCGGUGAGAAAAUCCUCAAGGACAUUUCUGCAGCGCACGCCGCCACGGUCCAGGAUUUCAGCCUCGAUUCGUCAACAUCCAGCCUGCAGUUGAUGGCGGCGUCGAUGGGAAUCCCGUCCUCUCCUGUCCUCAAGGCGCUGUCCGCACACUUUACCCUGGAGACAUGCGUUAGCCGAAUGCUAGCAGGUGUUCAGAUGUAUCAGAACCUGCUGGAGGUUCUGUCCAGCAAAGUGAGCGGUCUGGAUGACCUGAGAGCGGACCUGCGUGACCUGCUGAACCACAUCAACAAGCUAAAGGAGGUGGCGCAACUAACGGCGGACGUUUCGGAUCAGAACCCGAGCACGGACCUGACCUCUCAUCUCCAGGACAGCCACAACAUCCAGGUGGCGCUCCACCUGACGUUGACUCAGCUGCGCUCCUUCUGUCAUGACCUGAACCGGACCUUCAGAGUCCUCUCCACCUACAGGCCGUGAGCUGCAGGUGGACGCUAAGCCCCGCCCACCUGGGUCGACUCAGUAUCUGCGCUUCCAUUGACUAUUACAUUUAUUUUGAUAUUAAAAAAAACUUCGGUGCCAGGAUGAGGCAUAAAAAUUGAUUUAUUUUGCGAGCCUGCAGUCACACGAGUCACAUGGUCAACAGCAGGAUGUUACUACUGGUAGAAACCAAGAAGAAGACGACGACAGGAAGUAGUCAGAGGUUCAUGGUGGUGAAUGUUUUUAAAUAAUUUACAGCUUGA